CCUCGCACGUCUCCCCUCUUGCCCGCCUCGGUGCGACUCGUUGUUCGUGGAAACUGGAAACCACUGUCAGUUCCGGUUAGACUUACUUCUCAUCCAGCUGCCUCGCUCCGCUCCGUCUCUUCCUCCGUCCCUUCUCGGCGUUCGGAAUCCGUCACUCGAAGCUGCUGGGAUUUUUCAUCCCCCACCCCUUCCGUCCGCGGUGCUUGUUAGGCUCUCUCCUACAGUCCCGGCCCCGGCAAUGGCGGCGAACGCGAAGAGAAAACAGGAGGAGAAGCACCUGAAGAUGCUGCGGGAAAUGACGAGCCUGCCGCCCAACAGAAAGUGCUUCGACUGCGACCAGCGCGGCCCGACCUACGCCAACAUGACGGUGGGCUCCUUCGUGUGCACCUCCUGCUCGGGCAUUUUACGAGGACUAAACCCUCCCCACAGGGUGAAGUCCAUUUCCAUGACAACCUUCACGCAGCAAGAAAUUGAGUUCCUUCAGAAACAUGGCAAUGAGGUGUGUAAGCAGAUAUGGCUGGGCCUCUACGACGACAGGACCUCUGCAGUUCCAGACUUCCGUGAACCACAAAAAGUCAAAGAGUUCCUCCAAGAAAAAUAUGAGAAGAAAAGAUGGUUUGUUCCCCCCGAUCAGGCCAAGGUGGUGGCCUCCGUGCACGCCUCCAUCUCUGGUUCCUCAGCCAGCAGCACCAGCAGCACCCCUGAGGUCCGUCCGCUCAAGUCUCUGCUUGGGGACUCUGCCCCCACCCUGCACCUCAACAAGACCACACCUAGUCAGUCCCCCGUGGUAGGCCGUACACAGCAACAGCAGAUGGGUCAGCAGUUCCAGGAGAAGAAGUUUGACCUCCUCACUGACCUGGGCGGAGACAUCUUUGCCGCUCCACCCACUCAAACUGCUGCCUCGGCCAACUUUGCCAAUUUUGCACAUUUCAACAGCCAUCCAGCGCAGACUGCUGCUAAUGCUGAAUUUGCAAACUUUGACGCGUUUGGAAAUGCCGGCCCAGCGGCUCAGUUCCCCUCCACACAACAGGCUACUUUCCAGGCCUCACACGCAGGUAGCAGCUCUGGAUUAGCUAAUGCCAGUUUUGCAAAUUUUGACAACUUCCCCAAAUCCUGUAGCGCUGACUUUGGAUCCUUCAGUUCCUCCCAGAGUAACUCCACAGGAGGUCCCAAAGCGACUGUAGACAGCACUAGCGUCCCAGCUGAUAGAUACGCAGCUCUGGCUGACCUGGAUAACAUCUUUAGCUCUGCCAAACCUGAGCAAGGGACAGGUAUUCUUAGCGGGGCAAGUUCUGCCCCAGCAUCGGCGGGGGUGGUGUCAACCCAGUCCCAGCCUGCUGGGCAUGGGGGAGACCGCUAUGCUGCGCUGGCCGAGCUGGACAAUGUCUUCAGCUCCUCGGCGCCCACUAGCAGCGUGUACAGCACAAGCAGCUCCACCACAGGUGUGUUUGGCACAGUGGCGGGUGCCACACCAGCCCAGGUGCAGCAAGUGAUACCCAGCAUGCCCCAAGGAUUUGGAGUGGCUCCAUCGACAAACCCCUUUGUUGCGGCUGCUGUUGCCCCGGCGACUGCCCCAACCAAUCCGUUCCAGACCAACGGGAGAGCAGCAGCUGUGGCUGCAGCAGCCUCAUUCGGCACGGGCUCCAUGAGCAUGCCAGCUGGAUUUGGGAAUGCUACUGCCUACAACCUCCCCACCAGCUUCAGCGGGACCUUCCAGCAGCCCUUCCCUGGACAGGCGCCCUUCCCCCAGCCUUCAGCUUACCCCCAGCAGCCCAACGGUGCAGGGUUCCCAGCUUUCGGACAGGCCAAGCCCGUAGGGACCCCCUUUGGUCAAGCGAUGUCAGGACCUGGAGUGUCUAGUAACCCCUUUCUGGCUGGAGCCUCGGCAGGACAGUUCCCCACAGGUGGCUCCUCCACAAAUCCUUUCUUAUAGCGCACUUUCCUCGGUUGCCACUCGGAGGUGACAAGUUCCCCACACACCUCUUGCACUGUUUGGUUUCACAAGUAGCUUUAAAACACAAGUUUCUAAAACUGCUAUUUUGUAUUGAGUUUUAAAAGUGACAGCGCUGAUGACAUCAAUGGAAAGACAAGUAAAACAAGGUAACGACGUGCAGAAGGGUGGUCUCUCCACAACUUGUAUUUAACCUGUGAACUGGCCUGACACCCACAGAGCCGAUUGUAUAUUAAAACUGGCUGAUACUAAGUUAUUGCAAAUACCCCAUUCAUUUAUGCUGCAAUUCUGUACAUAUUUUUCUUAGAAAAUUAGCUCUUUGUGCAUAUCAGUAUUUGUAUCUAACGUGUAUGUAACAGGGAAAUUGGCAAUGGGCUGCAGAGUUACUUUAUUUGUGAAUAAUGAAAAUCAAAAACUUAAGUAUCACUAGCUAUAUAUUGCUAAGAGGAGGAAGAAGUUCUAUUACAUUCAAAAAAGGAAAAACUUCUUUAUGUGCCCUGAGGGCCCCAGCUCUAGAUAGGUGGCAGGGCUCACAUGGUUCCUACUUUCACGCUCACCUGUCCAGCUCCUCAGGUGCUCAGUCAACAUUACAGACUAAGACCACUUAUGUUGGGUGUUAAAGCAUUUAAGUUAAUGUGUAUAUAUAUAUUAAAAUGGAUUUUAACUAAAUGAUUCAUUCUUUAGUAUUUCUGUACAAUUCAUUUUCACGUGUUGAAACAUUUUGUAAAAAAAGGGAAAAAAGAAAAACAAGGGUUUAUAAAGAGCUUCUACUCAACCGUGAUCACCCUGCACAUUUUGGGGUGGGGGGAAACGAGUUUAGACCUGAGGAGUGAUGCCAACAGGAGGAUGAACAGCCUCGCAGAAUUUGAAAUAUAUUUCUAGUUCUGUUGUAACUGCAUUUUCAUCUGCCUUGUAAUUAGUUAAUGAUAAUAAAGUCAAAUCAAAUCAUGUUU